AUGGCGAGCGGCGGAGAGGGGCGCAAAGGUCCCGAUGACGAAGGUACAAUUAACGUCGCCUCAAAGAAAGUUAUACGAGAUAGGCCAAACGGUAUAAUCAAACUUAAGAAACCUGUACCGAAGCAAUUAAAACCCGGCAAUUGGAGAGAUGGUAGUGUUGCCGAUGAUGACAAGAAAUCUAAACCCUCCGAGAACCCUUCCGUCAUCGUUGGCGUCCCGUCUCCCGGACCCGUGGUUAAUCAGUUAGACGAAAACUCCCGCGAGACCUUUGCGACCGGACGGCCUCUCGAAGAUAAUCUUAAUCUUCAACAAUGUAAACACUGCAAAAAGGGCAUUAUCAAAACUGCAGCGAAGGAGCAUAUUGCGCAAUGCCUACGAAUUAAGAAAGAGAAAGCCCAGCGCAAAAAAGAGGCUAGGGAAGCGAGGGAACGAGCAAAGGAACAAGCGCGGGAAGAGGAAGCUCGCAAAGCCGACGAGGAUGGAGAUGCUAAGAUGAAUGAUGACAGCGAUGAUGAUGAUGACGGUUCGCCUGAGAAAAAGGGAACUAGUGGGAAAGCAACUAAGAAGGUAAGUGGUAAGAAGCCAGACGGUGAGCCGAAGGGCAAGAAACGAAAGGCCGACGGUGAUGCCGAUAAGGGACCAAAGAAUAAGAAAAAGAAAGAGGAGCCGAAGCCAAAGGUUCCUAAGCCUAAAGGCCCCGUUGAUGUUGAGAAGCAAUGUGGUGUUAUAUUACCCAACGGGCAACCAUGUGCGCGAUCUUUAACAUGCAAAAGUCACAGCAUGGGAGCCAAGCGUGCUGUCGCCGGUCGAUCACUUCCUUACGAUAUGCUACUUGCUGCAUAUCAAAAGAAGAACCAGGCGAAACAACAAAAGGCCGCAUUGGAUGCAAACGCUCCGUUAGAGGACGACGACGACGCUAAUGCCGGGCCAGUCGACUCUGAUGAGGAGACUGCUGCUGUCAUGAGUGCACUAGCACGAUGGAAUCCACAGCCCGUCCUGCCGCCGCCCGUUUUUGAGCCUAUCAGGAGGACAUAUCAACUAGCGCGUCUUCGCGAACAGCUCCACACGGCGACCAAUGGCGGGCGUACCAACAUUUUCAAGGUGGUUGGUUUUGGUGCUCAAAAGCUCCCCGAAAACCAUACCGAUACGAAUAUGGACCUAGACGACGCGCCAGGGGAGCCAGACCUAGGAAUGAUGGGCGCGAUGGGCAUUCGACGGUCCUCAAGUUUUGGUAUGCAAGCCAAUUCACGACGGCCGUCCGUAGCAAGCCGAGCUUAG